CGAUGAGCUGACGUGGCAGCGAGUGCAUGUAGGAAGCGGCUAUGCUAAUAAAAUGGAAAGAGGCAGAGCUUGUUGUCAUGAUGGAAUUUAGAAGUAUCAGCAAAAACUUUGCUUUAGUGAUAGGUGGUGUCUUUCACUAUAAAAAAAUGGAAAUGGACUGCCUUCAAGUCAAUUCCGACUUAUGGCGACCCUGUGAAUAGGGUUUUCAUGGAAGUUCAAGCAAGUUUGAUAAGGAAAACUAAAAGAAAACAGGCCCUGCAGCAAGCCCAGAAUGGACUCUUGGGUUCCACCACGGCAGCCUCAGCCACGAGGGAGACAUUAUGCCUGGAUGGAAGGCUAUGACAGGGGCCCCUGGAGGGAAGUUUCCCAGGGGCCUCCACCUCCUCAGUCCAGGCACAAUGAGUGGCCGUACCAUCAUGAACCCUGGGCUGGGGUUCACCCUUGGCCAGAUGCUCGAGUGGAACCCCACCAUCCCACCUAUCACUUAAGGCUCCAAGGCCAUAUGAGGCCAACCUCCAGGGCAGAGUGUUAUGAAAGCAGCUAUCCCAACCAGUCAUAUUCAAGGCAAGGUUAUGAAGAUCCUUAUCGGGCUUUUUCGGAAGAUUAUACUUGUGGAGAUAACCAGAGAGAUCCCCAAGCACUGUGGAACGAGAGAGAUCUGAGACAGAGAGAUACCUGGGGAGACUGUGCAAAUUACUGGGAUCAGAAUUAUUACAGGCAUCAUCGUGAGGAAGGCAGUGACUUUGUAGGACAUAACAAUUUGACACCAAUCAGUUCCAGGAAGCAUGAGGCUUAUGGCGACAGUUAUAUAUCAAAGAAAGACAGUUCCUCUGAUGUAAGUUACAAUUCUUCUUUGCAACAAGGACAGAUUCGGGAUGAAUUCCAAUGGGACUUCAUGGAGAGGACCAAUGUUCCAGCAUGUGAGGUACCGCUGCCUGAGGAGCUGCCAAACCUGCUCCAACAGUAUAAAGAGUCAGGCCUCAGCUCUAGUAGCUACGAGCUUAGUCAGUACAUGUACGAGCCCUCCAGCCACUAUGAAGCAGCUCCCUCCAAGGACUGGAGCCCAAUUCAAGCAGCAGAAGACUUAGCAGCUACUCCUCAUGCUAUGGCACCCCUGAAGUUUUCCCUCCCCCAUGUACCUGUGUGCUUUGGAGCUGGGGGGCAGCUGGUUCGAGGAUGUCCUAAUUAUCCAGCAGAUGGGCAACCUGCCCUUGUUGAAAUACACAGCCUGGAGGUUAUCCUAUAUGAUACUGCUGAGCAAGAAGCAAUGAGAGUCUUCCCAGGACCUCUCAUCAGGGAGGACCUGCACAAGGUGGAUGUGAUGACUUAUUGUCAACGCAGAGCAGCCACGGGAUAUGACCUGCCAUCCAACCGAAACAGAGAUUCUGCCUUGCUUUGGAAACUUCUUCUCCUCCUGUGCCGGCAGAAUGGGUCCAUGGUGGGGUCAGAUACAGCCGAGCUGUUAAUGCAGGACUGCAAACAUCGGGAAAGGUACAAAAGACAAGAGCCAGUGGCCAAUCUGAUCAACCUGACGGAUGAGGAGUGGCUGGUGCAAGGCUGUGGGACUCCAGACCUUCUCACAGGGGAGAUUGUCCCAGGUGCUGGAACACCAGAGCAAAGAGUGGAGAAGUUCACCAAACUCCUGUUUUAUGGUAGAAAGAAAGAAGCUCUGGAUUGGGCCAUGAGAAACCAGUUGUGGGGCCAUGCUCUCUUUCUAUCAAGCAAGAUGGACCUGAGAACCUAUAGCUGGGUCCUGAGUGGGUUCACUAGCACUCUGGCCUUCAAUGACCCUCUGCAAACGCUUUUCCAGCUCAUGUCUGGAAGGAUACCUCAGGCAUCCCUGUGCUGUGGAGAUGAGAAGUGGGGAGACUGGAGGCCACAUCUGGCUGUUAUCCUGUCCAACCAAGUGGGAGACACAGAGCUGAAUUCCAGAGCUAUUGUCACUAUGGGAGAGACGCUGGCUGGGAAAGGAUUAACAGAAGCUUCUCACUUCUGCUACCUGAUGGCAAAUAUUCCCUUUGGCCGCUAUGGAGUUAAAACAGACCGCAUGGUGUUGCUGGGCAGCAGCCAGAGCCAGACAUUUGCCCAGUUUGCAAGGACAGAGUGUAUCCACCAGACAGAGAUCUUUGAGUACUGCCAGUUGCUGGGGUGUCCCCAAGCUUUCAUCCCCUCUUUCCAGGUAUACAAGCUGAUUUAUGCCUCUCGCCUUGUGGAUUAUGGGCUCACUGCCCAGGCCUUACAUUACUGUGAAGGGACUGGGAUGGCACUUCUUGCCCAGAAGCAGAAUACUUAUCCUGUCCUCCUAGAGCAAGUUAUCAAGCUGGCAGACCGGUUGAAACUCUCUGACCCACGGCUGCUGGAGAGACCUGCACAAGAGAUGACUUUGGAACUGGACUGGCUCUUAGAGCUCCGAACCAGAUGUCAGCAGUGGGAGGAGGAAGGUCUUUGCAGUGCUACCUCCACACAACCAGAAUUUCCCAGAAUCAGUGGAUCAAUACCAGGUUUGGCUCCCCAUUUAGAGUUUGCACAAAGUCAAGGCUGCUGGGAGGAUCUAGACCAACAUCCUUCUAGUCACCUGUCACCAGUGGACUCAGCUCAGUACCAGCCAGAUGUGGGCCAGAGAAUAUAUUUGCAUGCUGGACCAGGGCAUCCUAUAGAUACAACUGAUGCAGGGUUGGAGGCUUGUCUACCAGGGAGUGACCAAGGCUCCCUUUCUUCUCCAGGAGUUCCAGAUGAUCUCUCCUCAUGCCACCCACCAGGGGGCACCGUGGAAUCCUGUGGACCCCAUCACUUCCCUGGUGAUCAGAAGAACAUUCCAGAGCAUCAGAACACUUUAAUUGCCCGGACCCGAUCCAUCUCUGAGAGUUCCACUAUAUCCAUGGUAGAGGAUAUCCCACAAUCCCCAGAGGUUGCAGGGGAGGAAGUCACAUCAGAGAAUCUACCAGAAGAUGAAACUGAGCAAACAAAGGCCUCUAGUUUUGGCUGGCUCAAUUGGUUUCGAUCCAAGCCAAAUAAAGAAGCAGAACCCUCCAAGAAGCAGAAAGCAGCUCCACCACCAUUCCUCCCUCCCAUAGGUGAGAUGAGGCCUCCAUCACUUCCUCCUCUUCCUCAUCUACCUCACACAGAUGGUAACCCUUUUCCCAAAAGCUCUCCUGGAACCAAAAAUCCACUAGGCCAAAGCAACAGGAAAGGUGCCAUGCUUCCAGAUGCUGGAGACCAGGCUCCUUUCUCCAAACAGUGCAGCCCUGAUCAUUUGCCUCCACCCCCAGCAGGAGGAACAGUUCCACUUUUUAAUCCUGCUCAGGUUAUCACACCCACAGUCUCCAGACACCCGCAAAGGAUUUUUCAGCGACAGUAUCCACCUCCUCCACAAUAAUAAAAAACACCAAGAUAUUUCUGCCCUCUGGCAGAUCAGAAAGCAUCCCCUUCCCUGAAGAUAACAAGUCUGAUCCUUUAGGCAGCUGGCUGCUCGUCCUCCCCCCCCCCCAAAUACAACUCUCAAAAAAUGGUAUCAAUAAAAGUUUGAGGGGAUGAACAUGUAUCUUUCCCACCUUUUCUUUGUUGAAAGUACCAUUAAGCAGGUGCUAUUCAGUUGUGGUUCUUCUCACGUGUAACAAAGACAAAAGGAAGAUAUUUCAAGUUGGGCCUGGUCCUGGCAAUGAUAAAAAGGAGUAAACUGAAUGCUAGGAAAACUCCUGUUUCCUUUUACAAGCUGCAAUCCUAACCAGGUCUACCCAGAAGUAAUCCCCAUUGAAGUGGGGAUCAGGAAGGAACUUAGCAGCUACAGCUGCUUCCUUAGGAAGGCUACCCUCAUAGUGUCAGAGCUGCAAUCACUUGACAACAUACAUUCAGUGUGGAUGAAUCUUACAAGCCAUGCAGGCCAAUUCUAUGCACAUUUACUUAGAAGAAAUAAGUCCAAUGAGGCUUGCUCCCAAGAAAGUGUGGAUAGCAACAGGGACUGAGGCUGUAAUCCUGCACACACUAACUUGGGAGAAAAUCUAUUGAAUAAUAUGGGACUUUUAAGUAUAGGAUCACACUGUUAGGCUGCAGUCCUAUGCUCAUUUACUUAAAAGCAAAUCCCAUUGAAAUGAGUGGAAUUUAAUUCUAAAUAAAUAUGCAUAGGAUGGGGGUGUUGCAUAUCACAGGAGGGUAAACUCCUAACCUGCAUAAUUGCUUGGAAAUAAGUCCUGUUGAUUUAUUUCUAAAUUAAAUGUCCAAGGGUUUGUGCAAAAUAAUCAGGCUGCAAAAAUUGCAUUUGGUUCAGUGUAAUUCCCCUUUCCCCUUUAUGAAUGACUGGAUGAAAUCCAACAUUACUAGAAAUCUAUAUAAAGUCCUCAGGAGCUGGAUUUUUAUUAAAAUGGUUGUGCGUUGUUGCAUAGCAAUAGGAGAGGGGUAAGCCUGGCAGCCUUCCUUUGGGUGAGGUGGGGAAGGACUGGUGAAGAUAAUUGAGGGUUUUUCUGGAGAGAGUUGAGAUGAUGUGAGUACCGACUCUGAGUGAGGAGCUGCCUUUCCACUUGGGCUGAAAUGCUGCUGUCUGUGAAAGCUGCUGUGAACAUACUCAUGGAGGAGAUGAGUGGGCUCCUCUUCCCCAGUACCUCACCAAAAUCAUAAUUGUUAGAAGAAUAGCUGACCUAGUGUACUUGAGAAAGAAUGUGUCCUAUGCUCACCAACUCAACAGUACGCACAUGGGACAACAUUUCUACUUGGAGUGGCUCCAGAAGAAUAGAAGAAGAGCCUUGCUGGAUCAGAAUAAAGACUCACGUAGUCUAGCAUCCUGCUCUCACAGUGGCCCACCAAAUGCCUAUGGAAACCUGCAAACGACAUAAGUACAAUACUCUUGCAGGAAAAUUCUGGCCUUUGAGUUAUUUUGUAGGGUCCGAAGAGCCCAUUUCUUCCUCAUGUCUUGACUUUAGGGAAUAUAUGGGACUAGCCUUUAACUCUGUACUACCAUGCUUUGUUUUUCUCAUACAAAACAGUUGAUGCUCCAAGUUAUUAUCUGUCCCAUCCCCAUUUAAAUAAAAGCACUAUUAAAAUGGCAAGCCAGGUUUUUGUGUG